GUUUGUGACCGUUGCGCAAGCAUCGCCUUCUUGAAUUUUUUUGACACGCUAGUUUCAAUUCUUUUUGCGCUCUGCGCGGUCUUCAAAAGGCGUAUCGCCGGAAUUGAGUCAUAGGCUCGUUCAAUUUGCAAAAAUGCACGUACCGGUGUAACGCGAGGCCGUCAGUAGUGAGGUGUGCUAUUACUGAAGAAGAGCUUUCGAAAUCUUAUCUUAUCAAAACUGGGAGAGGGGCGUCAUCGACACCAGAAAGCGUGAGUUAGUCAGUUCCCUAGUUAAUGACUGGAAACAACGCGGCGACUGCUUUGGUCUUUCUCACGCACAGCAGUGACAGUUUGUGUGUUAGCAGUGGAAAACUCACCAGCCGCGCUUUUGGACGUUUGUCAGUGCGAGUUCGUGUUCAUUCUGCAGGCUAAAAACGUCCAUUAUCAACGACGCAAAAUGUGUGGUUCCACGAACUGUUUUGAAAGUCUCACUCGGCAGCGAUUUGAUAACGUAAGGCGCGCCUAGAGAAUUACCCAAUGUGUCAUCAACAUGGAACAGUUAUUUCAAAGUGGAGCAACGUUAAAUGCUGGCUGGCGUGCAGCAUGGAUGGCUUUCCAGACGUUCAUAUUCAUAGUGGACAUGGUGUCGGACCUGGCUGUUGCCAUCCAGCUCUUUAAAAGAGCAGUGUGGGCCGGUGCCGUGUGCCUCAGCCUAAUCUUACUGCCCAUCAUAGCUUAUGGCGUUCAUGAAACUGUGAAAUUGGUCUCAUCCAAGGAGAAAACAACGUGGCAAAGUGUCGUGGGAAGAAUUCUGGACGUGCUGUUUUGUCCGAUGUUUGCUUUCAUAAGGUAUUUGGAGAAGCUAUUUUGGCUUGUCGAGCAAAGCAUCUCAAGGAGACAGGAACAGAAAGAGCUGGCAGAGCAAAGGGCAAACCAACCUCGCCGUAUUGAGUGGUACAUGGGGUGGCGGGCGCUCUUUCAGGCGGCCCCGCAGUCCCUGCUGCAAAUGAUGCAGCUGAUUCUCAUUGCAGACGUCAAUCUACGAGCUCUACAAGUGGUUUGCGGUUUCACAUCAAUCAUCUCAGUUACCAUAUUCGCCAGCAAAUUCACGCGGUUUGAAUCGCAAGAUUCAAACAUCGCUCCAUGGCAGCACCAGAAACUGAUCUCGAACAAGCACUCAAAAUGCCAAAGGAAGCCGAUUUAUAAGGCUCAAAGUGAGGAAGAACAAAAAACACUUCGGGGUGACCAGCCCGACUCGACGAAACUCGCCCCCUUGACCAUCGGCCUGGAGAGAAACAAAGACAGCGGUAUCGAGCCCGACAUGCCUGAAACACCGUCACCACCCCCGCUGCCCCCGAGGGCGUCCACCCUCAGCGCACCCAGCAGACCGCCAUCCAGGGUGAUUCACACCAACGACAUGGACUCGAUUUUGAGCGAGGAUGAUUUCAAGAAGAUGCCCUUCCUGCGAUUCUCCUACGUGGAGAGAAGCGAAAGGUUGACUCUGCAGGCGGACGUGUCCAACAGGAGGUCGUCCUACCAUUACUUGCAAGCGAUCGAAAGCGACAGCAGCAAGCGGACCUCAAGUGUGUCGCAGCCGCACCUUUCGCCUCCCGAAUUUCAUGCGCCCGCGCCUCCUGAUUUUCCAGCCCCCGCACCGCCUGAUAAAUUAAGCACAGUUGCUAGGUCUACAGUGCAACUUCCUACACGAAAGAAAGGCAGAAAAUAUUUGGAGAGUGAUUCAACGGUCGGCCUUUGCAUUCUCCAUGUGCAUUGGUUCCUCUUUUCCAUCUCCCGCGUGAUCGCCAUCGGAGGCCUUUUGACCGUGGUGGCGGAGCAGCUGUUUGCAGCUCUGAUGGCCGCUGGCCUCACUGUGGCCCAUAUCGUCGUCAUGAGUGUUGUGCUGACAGUCAACAGCGAUAGGUCCACCACUAAAAUUUGGCGCAGUGUCGUAUUGGCAAUUGCCUCGUUUUAUUGCCUCCUUGAAUACGGAGUGAAAUUUGAGAAAAUCUCGAGAAUCAUGCUGAUUUACUGGCCAAUCUGCUUUGUGGAGAAUUUCGCAGCUGGAUUUAUUGUUUAUAGGCCAGAUUUGACAAUGGAAAUGGAGAGUUGGUGGUUUACCUACUUGUUUUACACAAUGAUUGUGACUUAUGGUCUCGCAGUGGCUUGUUUAGCCUUUUACAAAGUGGUUCUUUCGCCAAAAAGAUAUGUGAUUUAUUAUGAGUGAUUAAAUUACAAUUAUAUGUUUUUU